AUGAACCUAAGCUUCUUUGACCAAUUCACAAGCCCAUGCCUCCUAGGGAUCCCCCUAAUUCUACUAGCAACACUAUUCCCCGCCCUACUACUCCCCUCGCCCAACAAUCGAUGAAUCACAAACCGCCUCUCAACCCUUCAACUAUGAUUCCUCCACCUAAUCACAAAACAACUGAUAAUACCACUAAACAAAGCAGGCCACAAAUGAGCUCUAAUCCUCACAUCACUAAUAAUAUUUCUCCUAACAAUUAACCUGCUAGGCCUACUACCCUACACCUUCACUCCAACCACACAACUAUCAAUAAACAUAGCACUAGCCUUCCCCCUUUGACUUGCCACCCUACUCACAGGCCUACGAAACCAGCCCUCAAUGUCCCUAGGACAUUUACUCCCCGAAGGAACCCCCACAUUACUUAUCCCUGCCCUAAUCAUAAUUGAAACAACCAGCCUACUCAUCCGUCCACUAGCUCUAGGCGUCCGCCUAACAGCAAACCUCACAGCAGGCCACCUACUCAUUCAGCUCAUCUCCACAGCUACCACCGCCCUACUCCCAAUCUUACCUGCAGUAUCAGCCCUAACCACGCUAAUCCUACUCCCACUAACCAUUCUAGAAGUAGCCGUCGCCAUAAUCCAAGCCUACGUUUUCGUCCUCCUAUUAAGCCUAUACUUACAAGAAAAUAUUUAA